AUGACAGGAUCACACACGUCGACCUCCCAAGUUGCCGAUUCGGCUGCGAUAGAUGCAUCAGACUCGGUCGAGCUCCAGGGUAGUCAGGAAGCCGACAAUGAUGCGGUGAAGAAGCAAGAAGCAGACAAGCCUGAUCAGCUUGGGAGGAAUCAAUCGAGUCCGAGGGUUGUCUUCCUGAUGGUUUCAGCCUUUCUGGCCAUGUUCCUGAUGGCCCUGGACAGAACCAUCAUCUCAACGGCGAUCCCUAGAAUCACCGAUGAAUUCAACUCCUUUACCGAUGUGGGCUGGUAUGGAAGCGCAUACUUAUUGACAUGCUGCGCGUUCCAGCUUCUAUUCGGGAAGCUGUACAAGCUCUACUCCGCCAAAGUCGUCUUCCUCUCCAGUAUCCUACUGUUCGAGAUCGCCUCUGCUUUAUGUGGGGCAGCUCCUAUCUCCGUGGCCUUCAUCAUAGGAAGAGCAAUCUGCGGAGUCGGUGCUGCUGGUAUCCUCGCUGGAACUAUAAUGUGUAUCAUUCAUUCUGUUCCGCUGCAGAAGCGCCCCCAGAUACAGGGCUUGUUCGGCGCCUUGUUUGGGGUUGCUUCCAUUGCAGGCCCCUUGAUUGGGGGCGCUUUUACAUCGAACGUGACAUGGCGCUGGUGCUUUUAUAUCAACCUGCCUAUCGGCGGUGUGGCAAUGAUCUUCAUUGCGUUUUGUCUUGAGGUGCCCGAACAAACGACAGCGAAAAUCUCCUGCGCAGAGAAGCUGCUCCAACUUGAUUUCCUGGGCACUGCACUCUUGGUACCUGGCGUGGUCUGUCUUGUGCUGGCACUUCAGUGGGGCGGCCAGACAUAUUCGUGGGAUAAUGGUCGUAUCAUAGCAUGCUUGGUUCUCAUGGGAGUAUUGCUUCUCGCUUUCGUGGCUGUUCAGAUCCUCCGUCCCAAGACCGCUACGCUGCCCCUCCGUAUCUUCUCGCAGCGUAGCAUAGUUUCAGGGUUCUGGCAGACGAUUUGCGCUGGCUCUGGCAACUACAUUUUUGUAUACUUCCUUCCAAUCUGGUUUCAAGUCAUCAAAGGUACCUCCGCCGUGGAAUCUGGGAUACGCCUGCUGCCGAUGAUGUUAUCAAUGGUCGCCGGGUCAAUCAGUGGCGGAAUAACAAAUUCGAGAAUCGGAUACUACACGCCCUUGGCAAUCAUCGGGUCCUGUAUCAUGUCCACAGGAGCUGGCCUCCUCACCACCUUCCAGGUCGACACCGCCGAAGGAAAGUGGAUUGGCUACCAAGUCGUCUACGGACUCGGGCUCGGCUUGUGCUUCCAGGUACCCAACCUCGCUGCGCAGACUGUGCUGUCAAAACCCGACGUGCCGUCUGGGAUCGCGCUCAUGUUUUUUGGCCAGCUCCUGGGCGCUGCGGUGUUUGUCCCGGUCGGGGAGAAUGUCCUGGCUAAUCAGCUUGCUGAGAGGCUCGAUGGGAUCCCUGGAUUCGACCGUAAGCUUGUCACGUCGGGUGGUGUUACGGAGUUACUUCUCGCUAUCCCUCCCGAUUUCCAUGAUACAGUCCUUCAUUCUUAUAACGAGGCUUUGCGGACGGUGUUUCAGGCCGGCUUGAUUGUCACAUGCCUCACUGUACUUGGUGCAGCUACUUUGGAGUGGAGAAGCAUCAAGGAACAGGCAAAGCUUGAAGCAAAGAACGAAGGAUUGACCGGAGAGAAUAUACUCUCUGAAUCGGCGGAGCCCAAAUAG